AUGUUGAAGAAAAGUUUCUUUUUAAAACGUGAAAUCAAAGGACUUUUCAUAGAACAUCCAAUCAAAAAUAUUGCAAUACAUGAUAAUAUCUUCUUUUAUUACGAUGUUGAUGGCUAUAUCAAAAUAUUUGAUGCAAUUAAAGACGUAAACGAUACAUUCAACAAACCAUUUACAAUAACUUCUUUUCCCAUUGAUAUUGCGUUAAAUGGAGCUCAUACAUUUGGUGCAGUUUCAUUUAAUGGUGGAAGUAUUGUAAUAUUUGAUUUAAUUGAACGCAAAAUUUGGAAAACAUUAAACAGGGUUACCGGAAAAUCAUUAAAUCACAUACUCUUCCUCAAAGAUGACUGCAUUAUCGCUGUAGAUGAAGCAAAAAAAUUAAUAAAAUUCGUAAUGAAAAACAGUUUCAUUGGAGCAUCAGUUGAAGAAAUUAAGAUAUGCAGUUUCGCAACUACUCCUCUGCAUUUUAUCAUUCCUCCAAUUUUUAAAUCUUCCGAAAAUUACUCUGGCUUGGCCACACAGUCUUCGUGCUUAUCCAGCAAAUACUAUGGAACUGUAGGAAUCUCAUUUCCUUCAAAAUUCAUUCUCGCGCAAGUUCUAAACGAUUUUUCAAUUAUUGUCGAGUUACCCUUCGAAAACUCGAUUCCUGCCUUAUACCUUACUGAUUCUGAGACAUUAUAUGUUGCAUUGGGUACACAGGAUCAAGUCGUUAUCUAUAAAAUCUGCGCAAUUAACUCAAUUAAACCAGAAUUCAUUUGUUUUGAGUCAAUUCAACAGAAACCGAUUUACAUGAGUUUCUUAUCGCAAUCUAUACUUGUUGCUGUCUAUUCUGACCUUACUUGCACCGUAUUUAUGUUUAAUCAAAACAGAAGAUUCGAAUCUUUUAUCGACGUCAAAGGAAAACUCGUUACAACAUCCGAAAACAUAGGUGUCGUAGCUGAUGACGCAAUUUGGACCUUGUAUUUCCAUACUUUUUCUGAUAAAAUGGACCAAUUAAGGUUAAUGCACGAUAUUCGUGGCGCUUUAGCACUUUGCAGGCUUGCAACAAUCGGAGAUGAAACAGCAGGCAUUGAUUUACCAUCAGGAACCGAAAUGCGGAGUUUAAUUAUCGAAAAAGAAUUAUCUCCUCUCUUGGAUGAGGACAUUCGCAACAAAUUAAAGGAGAAUAAGGACAAGGCUGAUGAAUUGAUCACGUAUUUGAUCGAUUUGUCCAGAGAAUUGAACAUGAAUGAAUAUAUGAUUAAUUAUGCGAUGAAAAUCUUCGAAGAAUAUGGUCUAAUGGAGUUGUUUGUUACAAAGAUUGUUGAAAAUGAUCCGAAACAACAAUUUUUCUUUGUUAAUGAAAAAUUUUUUGAUUAUGUCAUAAAAUUUUCCAAAAACAUCGCAAAUGUUGAUGAUUUCAUACUUAGUUUACCCUCAAAAUUUGCAAAUCCAAACAAAAUUUUGGAAUAUUCUUAUGAAAAUAACAAACCUUGGCUUUCUGCAAGAAUUUACGCCUACAAACUCAAUGACUACUUAUCAGCAAUCAAAACUUUGAGUUCCAUUGAUGAUUUCGAGACAAUUUCAAAAAUUUUAUUAUCAAUUUCAAAAAUUUCGAUUUCUCAGAUGUCAGAAAUCAUUUCAUGGCUUUGCUCAUCAUCAAAGGAAAACAGAUUUCCAUUCUUGUUCAAACUAAUAACAAAAGGAAAAGAAGUUGACGAAAUUUUAAGAAAUUUGUCACUUUUUGUGUCAGAAAACAACAUUCCCUUUGAUAUUUCUACAUUUUUAACAGCAAUAUUAUAUGUAUUAAGUUGUUUGAACGUGAAAUCGACUGACAGAUUAUGGAAAGUCUCAGAAGAAAUCAUAUCGAAAAAUAUUGUGAAAAUUCCAACUUUUCUUUUAGAUUUUGUUUUGCGAAACAUAUUCACGAAAGAGUAUGUUGAACCAGACAUGAGAGAAGUAACACUCAUGAGCAUCUUGACAAUGGAUUUAUCUGCAAAAUUCAAAAUGAAUUUGUUACCUUUAAUUUUGAGUUUUCACUUCAAAAAUGCAAAACAAUUUAUUUUGUUAAAUUGCGGGGAUUACGAUGUAAUUUUAAAGAACUAUAUAAUGGAAAGAGAAUCUCCAAUGCCGUAUUUGUUGAAGCAGUCAAGAUUUAAAGACCAAGAAAAUGAAAAUCUUUUAUUGGCAAUUGCAAAAAAUUCUUUGGGAAUUUUGGAAAUUGACAAACAAAAUUUUGUCACUUUUUUGCUGGAAAAUUACCAAAAUUCUUUAGAUUUUAUUUUGGAAAAUAUCGAUGGUUUUCAUGCCCAAGGAUGUUUAAUACAUGAAUUACUUAAAAAAGAUAAAAAAUUGAAGUUUACAAAAAUGGUUAUUGUAAACUAUUCAAUUUACUUAAAUUAUUAUUAUCCUAAUGAAAUCAAGGAAAUAAUAGAAAACUACAGUGAUGUUGACUUUAGUUUAUUAGUCAAUCAUUUAGUUAAACAAAGGAAUUUCGAAUUAGCAAUUAAAAUCUGUUCAAAUCAAGAAAUCAAAAGAAAAUUAAUUGUUACUUUUAUAAGGGAAGAAUUGUAUCAAAUGAAAUUAUCUUCUUUGAUGAUAGCUAUACAUGAAUACAAGGAUGAAUUGGACUUCGCUUCAAGCAGAGCUGUAAUUAGAUCCCUUUCAAUUCCUUUGAUGAAUUUGGCUGAAAAUAAAAAUGAAAAACAGUUGUCACUUUUAUCGAAUGUAAUUGAAUUUACACAUAACAGUUUACAGGAUAAUUUCUCUGUUCCUAACUUUAUUUUUGUUGUUGAGAAGUCGUUGAAUGAAUCUAAAUACUACGACAUGAGAAAAGAACUUGCAAUUUACAUGUCUGGAAUAGAAAGAGAUAUUGAUUGUAAUUCUGAAUUAGUUUCGAAACACAAAGAACUCUGUACAACAUUUAUUAAUGUUGAAUUUAACACUAAUGAUGAAAUUAGUGAAGAAGAAAGAAUUUCUAAAGAAAAUUCUGAAAAAGAAAGGAAACAAAAAGAAGAACAAGAAAAAGAAAGAAUUCGAAAGGAACAAGAAGAAAAAGAACGUUUAGAGAGAGAAAAGAAAUUAGAAGAAGAACGAAUUGCUAAAGAAAAGAAAGAAGAGGAGGAAAGAUUGGCCAAGGCUGAAAAAGAACGUUUAGAAAAAGAAAGAAAAGCAGAAGAAGAAAGGAAACAAAAAGAGAUGGAAGAACAGCAAAGACUUGAACAAGAAAGAAAAGAAAAAGAAGAACAAGAAAAAGAAAGAAUUCGUAAAGAACAAGAAGAAAAAGAACGUUUGGAAAAAGAAAAGAAGUUAGAAGAAGAAAGACUUCUUAAAGAAAAAGAAGAACAAGAGAGAAUUGAACGAGAAAAGAAACAGAAAGAGCUGGAAGAACAGCAACGUUUGGAAAAAGAAAGAAAAUUAGAAGAAGAAAGAAUUGCUAAAGAAAAAGCCGAAAAAGAGAGAAUAGAAAAAGAAGAACAAGAAAAACUUGAGAGAGAAAGAAAAGCAGAAGAAGAAAGGAUACAAAAAGAAAAAGAGGAGGAAUUAGAAAAAGAAAGAAUUCGUCAAGAAAAAGAGAGAAUUGAAAGAGAAAAGAAAGAAGAAGAGGAAAGAUUAGCUAAAGAAAAGAAGGAAAGAGAGGAGCAAGAAAGAAAACAGAAAGAACUUGAAGAGCAGCAGAGAUUAGAAAGAGAAAGAAAAGCAGAAGAAGAACGAAAGAGAAAAGAACAAGAAGAAAAAGAGAGAAUUGAAAGAGAAAAGAAAUUAGAAGAAGAAAGACUUCGUAAAGAAAAAGAAGAACAAGAAAGAAAAGAAAAAGAACGUCUUGAAAAACUUAAGAAAGAAGAGGAAGAAAGAAUUGCAAGAGAAAAGAAAGCUGAAGAAGAAAGAAAACGUAAAGAGUUGGAAGAGCAACAACGUUUAGAAAAAGAAAAGAAAGAAGAAGAGGAAAGAAUUGCUAAAGAAAAAGCAGAGAAAGAACGUUUAGAAAGAGAAAGAAAAGCAGAAGAAGAAAGGAAACAAAAGGAGCUGGAAGAACAGCAGAGACUAGAAAGAGAAAGAAAAGAAAAAGAAGAACAAGAAAAAGAAAGAAUUCGAAAGGAACAAGAAGAAAAAGAACGUUUAGAGAGAGAAAAGAAAUUAGAAGAAGAAAGACUUCUUAAAGAAAAAGAAGAACAAGAGAGAAAAGCUGAAGAAGAAAGAAAAGAAAAAGAACGUCUUGAAAAGCUUAAGAAAGAAGAGGAAGAACGAAUUGCAAGAGAAAAGAAAGCUGAAGAAGAAAAGAAACAAAAAGAACUGGAAGAACAGCAACGUUUGGAAAAAGAAAGAAAAGCAGAAGAAGAACGAAAGAGAAAAGAACAAGAAGAAAAAGAGAGAAGAGAAAAGGAAGAACAAGAAAAACUUGAGAGAGAAAAGAAAUUAGAAGAAGAAAGGAUACAAAAAGAAAAAGAAGAAAAAGAAAGAAAACAAAAAGAGGAAGAAGAAGAGAAAAACAGUAAAGAAAAAGAAGUAAGUUCUGAAUAUGAAGAUUCAGAAUCAUCUGUUUCUCUGCCAGUUGCAGUUAAGAGCAGAGAAAUUGAAGUAGAAGAUGAUGAUGAAGCUGCUCUUCUCGAUGAUCCAGGAAUGGAAGAUGAUGGAAAUGAAGAAGGAUACGAAGAAAAUUCUGAUUUUUAUGAUGAUGAUGACGAUGAUGACGAAGGACUUUCUGUUCUCACAAAAGUUGUUGAAGAACCACCUCCACAAACUAAAAAGGCUGCAAAAGAAUACUCCUCUGAUGAAUAUACAUCAAGUUAUACUGCAUCAGAGUCGGAGUACUCAUCUAGUUAUACUGACUAA